AUGGCAUAUCAUAAAAGUAGUGGGAACGAAGAAACUAAAGUGUUAUUGGCACUAGAUGGAGCUAAAGAAGAUUUUAAUUGGCCCCCUUACGUGAGGGCUGCAAACGACUUCUUACCUCAAAUGGUUUACAAGGAAAAUUAUUAUUGGGAAUUACUUAAAUCUAGUUCAAGUAAUGAAUUUGAGGGGCUUGUGAGAUGUUUGAGACCUAGCGAGCUUGUUAGUCUAGAAGUUGACUGCAUUGAGCAAUAUCUCCCACAUUGCCAUGCAAUUUGGCAUAGGUCAAGAUCUUCCAGGUUUAAUGCUGGUUUUGUGCCAAUGUUGGCUGGUUUUGUGCCAAUGUUGGCUGGUUUAAUGUACAGAUGUGGCUCAGUGAUUAUAAAUUCUAGUUUGCUAAAAUGUUCUGUUCUUGUUCAGGCUUCUGGUUUGCUCAAAUCAUUAUGA